AUGCCUCUCAUCAACAACCCGCUACCUUCUUCUAUGAAGAGUGAAUGCAAGAAGACGGGCAAGAUCCUCGCCUCCUUCAUCGACCCGAAACAAUCCUUUGGCCCCGACAAGAUCAUCCCCCCUAACAUCCUCGCAAAUGCAAAAGGUCUUGCCAUCAUGACCGUCUUCAAGGCCGGCUUCCUCGGUAGUGCUCGUUUCGGAUCCGGUGUCAUAGUAGCCCGCUUGUCAGACGGCUCCUGGUCCGCGCCAUCAGCCAUCGGAACCGUCGGCGGUGGUUUUGGUGGUCAGAUUGGUUUCGAAAUCACCGACUUCGUCUUCAUCCUCAACGACGCUGCCGCUGUCCGCACCUUUGCCCAAGCUGGUAGUAUUACUCUCGGAGGUAACGUCUCGAUCGCUGCUGGUCCCGUCGGUCGCAAUGCCGAAGCUGCCGGUGCGGCGUCGCUCAAGGGUGUUGCUGGUAUCUUCGCCUACAGCAAGACAAAGGGUCUAUUCGCCGGUGUCUCUCUCGAAGGAAGCGCCAUGAUCGAAAGAAGAGAUGCCAACGAGAAGAUGUACAACCGUCGCGUCACUGCCAGAGCUCUCCUCGAGGGCGGUGUCCCUGUUCCACCUCAGGCUGAGCCCUUGAUGCGCAUUCUCAACAGCAGAGUGUUUGCUGGAGUUGCCGCCAACCAGGGCGAUGGCAUGUACAACGAUAUUCCGGUCUACGACGAAUCUCACGAUGAUGUCAUCUGGCAGGGCAAGAGAGGUUCCGCCCAUGGAGAAGGUGUUCGUUCAGAUCGCACAGGAGCCUCGGGAAACUUCGGUGGCCCGUCGCGUGCCAGCACAUGGCAAGACGAUGUGUACGACAGGCAGCCCAGUUUUGGUUCGCGCGCCAAUCCCACAGAAACCUUCGAUCGACUGGAAGCCUCGCGCCAGCGUAGUAACAGUGCAUACGGCGACCAAGCAGAUUACUCUUACUCUGACCGCAAACCAUCCAGGCCAAGUGCACCUAAGCCCACUUUCAGCAGUGCCAACACCGCAACUCCCAAGCCUGGACAGGCCAUCGCGAAGUUCACUUUCGAUCCUGACCAGCCCGGCGAUUUGGGCUUCAAGAAGGGCGAGAUCAUCACUAUCGUCAAAAAGACUGAUAACUCUGCCGAUUGGUGGACCGGUAGGAUUGGUUCGAGAGAGGGCAUCUUUCCAAGCAAUUACGUCGAACUGACCUAG